AGGCGGGGCCUCGCCGGCCGGGGGGCGGAGCGGGGCCGGGGCCUGGGCGUGGCUCAGGGGGUCCCUGGGCUCGCGCGGCUGCGGGCGCUGGGCAGUCUCCGCCGGGCUGUGGGGUGCGGAGCCAUGCGGAAAGUGGUUCUGAUCACCGGCGCGAGCAGCGGCGUUGGCCUGGCCCUCUGCAAGCGGCUGCCCGAGAGAGAGGAUGCGCUUCACCUGUGCCUGGCCUGCAGGAACAUGCGCAAAGCCGAGGCCGCCCGGGCCGCUCUGCUGGCCUCUCACCCCACCGCCGAGGUCAGCACCGUGCAGGUGGAUGUCAGCAACCUGCAGUCAGUGCUCCGGGCCUCCACGGAGCUCAAGCGAAGGUUUCAGAGAUUAGACUACAUGUACCUAAACGCAGGCAUCAUGCCUAAUCCGCAACUGAAUGUCAAAGCACUUUUCUCUGGCCUCUUUUCAAGAAAAGUGAUCCACAUGUUCUCCACAGCUGAAGGACUGCUGACCCAGGAAGACCAGGUCACUGCCGAUGGGCUCCAGGAGGUGUUUGAAACCAAUGUCUUUGGCCACUUUAUUCUGAUUCAGGAACUGGAACCUCUCCUCUGUCACAGUGACAGUCCCUCUCUGCUCAUUUGGACGUCAUCUCGCAAUGCAAGAAAAUCUAAUUUCAACCUUGAGGACUUCCAGCACAGCAAAGGCCAGGAGCCCUACAGCUCUUCCAAAUAUGCUAUUGACCUUCUGAGUGUGGCUUUGAAUAGGAACUUCAACCAGCGGGGCCUGUACUCCAGUGUGGUGUGCCCAGGAACAAUGUUGACCAACCUGACCUACGGAGUCAUGCCUCCCUUCAUAUGGACGCUGAUGAUGCCAGUGAUAUGGCUGCUUCGCUUUUUUGCCAACGCUUUUACUUUAACACCGUACAAUGGGACGGAAGCACUGGUAUGGCUCUUCCACCAAAAGCCGGAGUCUCUCAAUCCUCUCACCAAAUAUCUGAGUGCCACCACCGGCUUCGGAAGCAAUUAUGUGGUGGCCCAGAAGAUGGACCUAGAUGAAGACACUGCUGAGAAAUUUUACCAAAACUUACUGGAACUGGAAAAGCAUGUUAGGGCCACCAUGCGAAAACAAAGUCAGAGCUGACACCAGAGCUCUGAAGCACGGAAUAUACCUCGUGUGCAUCCCGGAGCACGCGGGCUUCCGUCGCGUCGGAUGGUGUGCGUCUGUGGUACACUUCAAGUGGCGAUUGUCACUCUCCCUCCAUUGCAGAGUUAUCUCUAAGGCUGUGCAGGUGUGUGUGUGCAGGAGGACACGCUUGAUAAAAAUACCAGUUAGAUACUCCCCAGAACGGUGUCAUAUCAAAAUUGUGCUAGAGUCCACCAACAGAGCGUUUACCUGCUCUGCCAAGUGGAGCCCACUCCCUGGGGUGAGGUGUAGACGUGAAUGGCCAUGAGGCAGGCACACACUGCCCUCCCAGCCUGCCCCACAGGAGGAGUUUCUGCCCGCUGCCCAAGGGGCAGUCAGCUUUGUCCCUUAGGAGCAGUUUUCUCAGGUCUUGUACCUUAUUUCUUCCUCCACUUGCUGUUUCUAACAAUCCUGAGAUUGUCAAAGCUUCACACUCCGAACACAGACACCCAUUAGUCCCAGGAGCAAAUGUACAUAUGUGUUUGGGCCACUUGAAUUUUUUCUUAUUUCAAGAGUAUCUUUUAUUGAUAUUGAGGUCACCCAUGUGAACACUGGGCUUCACCUUUGACACCAUUUGCAAAUUUGUUCAUCACUGACAAACCUGUUUUCGUGAUCAUAUUUUAAUCAAUGUAAUCCUGCAGCAAAAAAUUGCUUUGCUCACAUUAUUUCAAUAAACUUUUCCAACUGAAUAA